AUGGGUACAAUAACAAGCCCAUUCAAAGACCCAUCUCAUCACUCUCUUGCCAGAAAGCUCUUACCUUAUGCCAUCUAUGUCAUCCUCCCCAUAGCUGUCAUUCGCUUAUACUUGUACACUCCCUCUCUCCCUCAAUCCACAGAUCAGCUCCCUCAUUCCACUGCCAUUACCAUCAGCACCACCUCAUCAUCUUCUUCUUCUCCUUCUUCGUUGCCUCCUUUUGCUUCUUCUCAAGAAGUAGAAACAGGUAAAGAGACUCCAUGUGACUACACCAGUGGGGAUUGGGUCCAAGAUAAGCUGGGCCCUUUGUACAAUGGUACCACCUGUGGUACAAUCAAGAAAGGACAGAAUUGCAUCACCCAUGGGAGACCUGAUUUGGGCUAUCUCUUUUGGAGGUGGAAACCCAAGCAAUGCCACAUACCAAGGUUUGAACCCAACACUUUUCUCCAAAUCCUUAGGAACAAACACAUAGCAUUUGUGGGUGACUCCAUGGCCAGGAACCAAUUGGAGUCUCUUCUUUGCAUGCUAGCCACUGUCUCUCCUCCUAACCUUGUUUAUACUGAUGGUGAGGAGAACAAGUUUAGAAGAUGGCAUUUUUCUUCUCACAAUGUCAGUGUGUCAGUUUAUUGGUCACCAUUUCUUGUGAAAGGUAUUGAGAAAUCACAAGAUGGUCCAAAUUACAACAGGUUGUAUUUGGAUCAAGUUAAUGAAAGGUGGGCAGCAGAUAUGGGUCAAAUGGACAUGAUUGUGUUGUCUGUUGGGCAUUGGUUUUUACAUCCAGCAGUUUAUUUUGAGGGUGAUUCAGUUCUUGGCUGCCAUUACUGCCCUGGUCUUAAUCACAGUGAGAUUGGUUUCUAUGAUGUGCUGAGAAAAGCCAUAAAGACUACCCUCAAGACCAUAAUUGAAAGGAGAGUUGCUAAUGCUAAUGGCAAUGGGGUUAAUGUAAUUGUGACAACAUUUUCACCUGCACAUUUUGAAGGUGAGUGGGACAAGGCAGGGGCUUGCUCCAAGACCAAGCCUUACAUGGAGGGAGAGAAGCAGCUUGAAGGGAUGGAUGCUGAGAUGAGGCAACUUGAGGUUGAAGAAGUAGAAGCUGCUAAGGCAAAUGGUAAAAAAUUUGCAGGGUUUAGGCUGCAAGCAUUGGAUGUGACCAAAUUAUCACUGAUGAGGCCAGAUGGUCAUCCGGGGCCUUAUAUGAAUCCAUUUCCAUUAGCUGAUGGGGUUCAAGAGAGGGUCCAAAAUGAUUGUGUUCAUUGGUGCUUGCCAGGGCCUAUAGACACAUGGAAUGAGAUAAUGCUAGAGGUUCUGAACAACUGGAAUAAUCAGGGUCGGUGA